AUGGUCAAACGAGUGAUUCUAAGGAAAAGAUGCCCUUACCACACCAAAUCUCACAAGAUCAGACAGGUAAAAACACCAGGAGGCCGUCUCCUUGUUCACUACGUGAAGAAAAUCGCUAAAGGACCUCACUGCAAAGAGACUGGGGAAAGAUUAGCAGGUAUUCCAGCAUUAAGACCUAAAGAAUACUCAAGAAUCAACAAAAAGGACAGGACUGUCUCAAGAGCUUACGGUGGAGUUUUAUCACAUAAAACAGUAAAAGAAAGAAUUAUUAGAGCUUUCCUCACUGAAGAAGUUAAGGUCAUCAAGAAGAAAAUGCAACAGCAGAAGAAGACCAAGUAA